AUGUUUUGGCACAUAACAUACUUCUCCGUUACACCCGUGCCUAAUAGUGAAGACUUGUCUCCACUUAUUCCCCCACACGAGCUUUCACACCGACUAGUAGCAAAUCUCGAGGCCAGUCUGUCUUCUGUAUUCAAAAACGGAUCUUGCGCUUCGGCCGAAAGCAUCCUUCUCCUAGAGGCCGCUGUUGCCGUUGGACUGAAGGUUGGCAAGUUCCUCAACGAAUCCUCUGAAUAUGCAAAUGGCUAUAGCGCCGCACACCUUGUGUACAAGUACGUCCGUACCCACGCACGGGCAUGUUCUGUACCCAAUACCCUGAGCAUACGAUGGGAAUACGAAGCCAUGUGCAUAAUGUUACGUUCUAUGAAUUCACACAACAUGUACUUGGAGCAGGAACAUCGUUUGGUAUUCUGCCAGGAGGCACCCCGUCUCCUCCGCCACAUAUUGCAACUCGGAAUUAAUGCCAACCGCUCAAGUCCUCGAAAGAGUGAGAUUUCCGAGGAGCUUCUACUUUCUUCCCUUCCACCAGAGUUGUUGCAACCCCGAAGGACGGCAGUGCAUAGGAACCUGCUUUUAUACUGCGGAAGCGGUGCUAGAAUACUCGACACCCCACUUUCAGAGCCUACUGAAAACCUCUUCUCUUCUUCCUCUGCUUCCUCUUCUUCGUCCAUUUUCGAGGAGCUAUUUCCCCUUGGUCUUGGCGAGUCCAGAUUAAAUGCAUCAACGUCCAACGACUACUCUCUGGAGUCUCUUUUCUCCAACGAAAUUCCUGCAGAAUUUGUAAGUUAUGAUUGCCUCAUCACCGUUAAAUGA